AUAUGGAGCCAGGGAGUUAUGAAAUGAAUUACCUCAAGAGGGUAUUAAAUAAGUACUUUACUCCUCACGCAGCAGUAUUCUCUUCUGAUAGAGUCAAGAAGAUAUUUGAGAAAUAUGGACUCACACCAGCAGAGUUUUUGAGACCUUUUGGGAGAUAUAAUGGAACUAUAAAUUACAAUCCAUUUCCUAAUAACAAUAACUAUAUGCCAGUGGAAAUCUCUAAUUUCAGAUUGGAGUUUUACGAUGAUGAUUCCUUCUAUGGAUUCCCAGAAACUCCUAAAGUAAUCGAGCAUAUACUACAAAGCUAUAAGCCUCAAAUUUCUUUAGAAGAGAAAGACUGGGCUUUAAAGGAAAAUUUAGAGCAGCUAGAGCUACUGAAUACUUAUACAUAUAAUACCAUUUGGUACAGAAAGUGGGAAGAGUGCUUCCUAGACACCUGAAAAUUUGCUAGUCAUGAAAUAGUCGAUCAACCUCUGCUGUUCUUCUACCUAGUAUCUGCAGAUGAUGAAGAUAUUGACAAGCAGCUGAGUAAUCUCCAAAAUCAGAAGAGUGCUUUCAAUAGAUAUAAGGACAACACUUAUGAUCCAGAUUACCCUCAUAUUUUUAUCCUUAUGCAUGACAAGAACGGAGAGUGCACUCAGGACGAAGCUGCCAUGAAAUUGGAUAAAAUGGCCAAGAAAUAUUCAAAGGGUUUCAACAUUGUAGAAACCUGGUCAAUGGACUUCUCCCCAGAUUCUGGAGGAGCAGGCUUUGACGAUUGGGAAGAAUAUCUUAGAAUGAAUAGAAUCCAUCACACUGAUGUUUUUGAAACUUGGGAUAGGAAAAAGCUCCUUACUAUUGAUGAUAGAGAAACUUGUAAAUACUUCAUGAAAGAUAUUAUCGACGAGAAGCUGAUAACCCAAAUCUGCUCUAAAGUCAGACAUUUUGAGCACCAAGUUAAGAACACAAAGAAGGGAUUCGCAAAUGCAUUUAAAAAUUACUUCAAUAAGAAAGAAAGAUCAGAGAACGAUGGGUUAAGCAAGAAUUUCUUAAUGAAUUCUCAAGAAGUAUCUAUGAAGAGCUUAGUUGAUUUGUCAUAUCUCUUCCAGGAUUUCAAGACAUUUAACACGUAUUUAAAAUACCCAAUGAGUGAUUUCAAAUCGAUUAAGGCAUUCAAGCAUUACUCAAGCUGAUUGGAGCUACAAUUCUUCUCGAAUCUGUUCAGCUCAUACAACUAUGCAGAAUCUAGGGACUUUUACUCUCAUAUUUUUGAUGCAGCCCACAAUUAUUCGAGAACAAAAGAUCUAAAAUGGAUGAUAAGAAACUUAGUAAUCCUAGCAGAUGUGUGUAAGAGCCUUGAUAACUUUGAUAUGGCUGCCAAAUGCUACCUAAAGAUUGCCUAUACUUUAAGCAGUAAAUUGUGGCUUCCAGCUUUAUUCUUUGAACAGGCAGGAUGGUGCUUCCUCAAACUUAACCAGCAGAGAAAGUUCACAUUUUACAUCGUGAAAGCAGGAAUAAUCUAUGAGAAAUUCGGUUAUAAAGAUUACUCCUUUUUCUGAUUCGGGAUUGCUGAGCCAUACUACACAAAUUUUAAAUGGAACGAGAUCAGAAACUUCUUGUAUACAAGCUUGAGUCAAAGCAGUUUCUAUUUUGGAAAUCUCCAGCUUUCAGUGAAGUUCUUCAGAAACCUUCUCCAAUUGUGUUGAGAUAUGGAAGAUAACAGAAAUGUCCAAGCUAGCCAAAAAGAAUGCUUAAACCAGUUCUUCUCAGUAGUAAAGAAUUGGAAUGAGUGCAGGAAGAAGCAAGAAGACGAGCUAAUUGCUAUAGAAGAUGGGAUCAAAGAAUCUGUUAUCAAUAUCGGCUAUCUCUCAUUGCCAAAAUUCUUGGAUGAUUUGCUAGAAGUCGUCCUUUCUCAUGAAAUUUCUAUUCCUUACCAAGGUGAGCACUCUUCUCAAAAUUCCUGGAGGACAUUGAUCAGACAAUCCACCAGUUAUAUCGAAGGAAAUGAGGGGGAGAAUGAGAAGAAAGAGCCUGGAGUUUCUUUCCUUUAUAAUAUUAAUAGGGAUGAAAAGUUUGAAAUUGGCCUUUUUGAUGCAGCAAAUAGGUUUGAAAAGAAAAUAGGAGCUUUGAAGAAAGUAAGAAAGGUGUAUGCAAAAGAACCAAUUAUUGUAAAAGUAUUCGUCAAAAAUCCACUCAUGGCAGAUGUCGAAAUCAGCAAGAUAUCGCUGAAAUGAAAAUUUGUUCCAAAAGAAGAAAAGAAAGAUGAGCAGAACCAAGAUGAUAUUAUUGAUAAAAUGGCAGCAGAUAAUGAUCUUCCAGAUUUUACCAUUUCUGACCAAAGUGUGACUUUAAGUCAAACUUCGGUGAAAGAGAUCAUUUUGGAAGUCACUCCAAAUAAAGAAGGAGAAAUAUUUAUUCUUGGAAUAGAAUGGGAACUGUUCAAUGCCGUCUCUUGUAAUUACUAUUUUCCUUCAAAUUACCCAAUAGAGGAAGCUAAUGAGGAGAAUACUUCAAAGAAACUAAAAGGAAGACAGAACAUGUUCCAUUAUGAAGUACUCCCACAAAGUUCUAAUCUUCAAAUCUUCUUUGAUGAAAAGUUGAACAAGAUGUUCUACUACACCGAAUAUACAGAUAUUGAUGUAAUCUUCGUGAAUUCAAGUGAUCAUACUAUAAAAGAUGUAUAUUUGAAGUGUUCCCAUCCAGUCUUCUUCGGCUUCUCCUGCAUGAAAAUCGUCGAUGAGAUCCCUCCACAACAGCAAGUCAAUAAGAAAUUAUGGUUCAGGGCAGUAGGAUUUCUUGGAGUUGAGAAUGUCAAGUUCCUAGCUAGAUACAGAGUAGAUAGUCCCCAACCACAUGCAAGGAUGACCAGGGUUGUCAAAGAGAUCAAUACCACCAAAAGCUUCAACUUUAAAGUCAGUACUGCUAAUAGUGAUGAAAAUGUAAAGGAGAAGAUCCUUGGAGUCCAUCUGAAGGAUAUUGAUAAAAUAAUUGAUCAAGAGUCCCUUGAAUAUAUGCAGAUUGAUCAACUUGCAUUUGUGAAGGACAAAGACGAAUGGUCCAUCAGCGUUAAAGAUAUCAAAUAAAAAGAAGAAAUCUAAAUACUUGAUUGAAAAAUUCUUUGGAGUUGAGUCAGUUGAAGAUGAUGAUGACUCAAUAUUUAGAGUAGACCCUUCUACAAGAAAGAGAAGGAGCUCUCUAUUACUCGAGAAAGGAAGCCAGGUUGAAGAGAUAGACUUUACAGAUGAACCUUUUAACAAAUUCAUUGAUCAAGAGUAUAAUUUCUUCAAGAAUACAAUAAAAUCAUUAAAAGAAUACUCUAACAAGCAGUUAGAUACCACAAGUAUUGCUAUUAGCUGGAAAAUAUUUAAGGAAGGAGUGUGCGACCUUAAGGGUUUUCAAUGAAUUUUCAACAUCGUUCUCAAUGAUCAGAUAAUUUCAGAGAAAUCAAAGAUUGAUAUUGAAGAAGCUAUAGAUAAUCCCUUGAUCUGACUGGUUAAUUAUGAAAAGAUUGUCCAAUAUGAUUUUACUCAGAAUCCUUUCUGUAAUGUGCCACUGAAUAUAACUAUCACCAACACGCUAAAGUCAAAGCCUAUCAGUUUCUGCAUAGAAGCAGAAGGAGAGAAGAGAGUGAAGGACAUUAAUGAUUUCUUCUGGACUGGAGUCACCAAAAAGAAUGUCAAGAGUCUCAAGCCAAAAGAAGUAAUGAAUAUCAAUUUUACUGCUUGUUUUACCAACCCAGGAGUAUAUGACCUGAACAAGAUCAAAUUAACUAUCUUUAAGGAUGCAUCCACCAAUAAGAUUCUUGAGACUUAUGAAGAGAGGAAGAAAUGACCAAAAGUAACCGAAAUCCCCAAGAAGCUGAACCAAAAGAACCUGAUUGUGAAGAUUGAGUAACUCAAUUUGGUAA